AUGUGGAAUCCGAUGCAGGAUGUUUUGAGGUGGAGGAGGUGUGGUAACGUGGUCUGGAAGGGUGGACGAGACGAUGAGAUGAUGGAGCUGGUAGUCAUUGAGAGCUUGGAAUUCUGUAGGUUCUCACAUGCACGGGACGGGGGUCCCUGCUCAACUCUGCGAUUCUCACCACCACAUCAACACAAAUUCAAGAUGAGUGAGCUGACAGGUAGUAUAAUGGAACGGAACAGUGCUGCUACCUUCAAAAAUCUAGCUGCUAGAGUCCAUUGGUGCCUUAUUGGUGCCUCGCAGAAGGGUCUGGACGGAAUUGCAGCCGUCAAUCAGCCUCCAUCAAAAAAACCAUCAGAGGUCGACGAUUUACAUCGUUCAAAAUUGCGAGUUCGGUACCAGCUCAUCCAGGUUCUUUUUAGCACCAGGAACUACUUCAUAACAUUUCUUGCUGAUGCUACACAUACAGUAGGCGAAGUGAAAGUGCGCGACCGCCGACAACCUACUGAGAUAUGGAGAAUUCUAAUUGUCAGCACGCACACACACGACUGCUCGCAUAUGACGAUUCCUGCUAAGAUUCGAGAUGGGAGGAUGAUUGUGGUAGCGUCACAGCACUUCACCACUCAGUGGUCCUUUGCACGCAAAGAAACACGCGUCUGGGACCUUUGGCGGUUGGCAGUAGGGCAGCCUGGGCCCUGGGAAUACAGUCCUUCAGUACAGGGUAAGAAACGUGUCAGGGACAAUACGAGUCAGCUCAGCAUACUUAAAUCCUAA